AUGAAAUACCUUAAUUUGACAAACAAUACAAUUAUUCUUACUAAAUUGUCUGAACAACCUUGUGUUAUUAGCAUAAUAUCUGAAUAAUAAUAAUAAAUUGAUUUGUAAGAUAUUUAUACCUUUAAUAAUCAUCAUCAUACUUAUUAAGAAGAUUAACUAUUCAAGUAAUCAUCAACUAUUUAUAUAAAUAGUCCUAAUUCUAAAAUUAUAUUAAUUAAAUCUAUAUUUGAAAAUAAUAUUAUCACUAAUAAUUAAGGAUCUAAUCUUGUAUUUAAAUGUGGAAAUUUCUAGAUGGAGGAUUGUUAUUUUAAUUCUUAAAAUGAUUUAUAAUAUUAAUAUUUAAAAGAUCGUUUAAUUUGGGGAUAUUAAUAAAAUGAAAUAAUUUUUAUUGAGAAUUUGCAUUCAAUUUUUCCUAUUAAAUCAAAGGGUGGAAAUGCGUUUUGUUAAGCAGAUGAAAUAAUUGUAAGAAAUGUUUCAAGUUAGAAUUCAUUUGCUUUAUAAGGAGGAUCAUUUUAUUUUAGUACUUAAUCAAAUGGGAUAAUUGAAGUUUCGAAUUGUAAUUUCAAUUUCAGCCAAACAAAUUUAUUAAUGACUGAGAAAUCACAAGGUGGAACAUUAUUUAUUGAUGCUUCUCAAUCAGAUUUAAAUUUAUUAAUAUCUGACAAUCUUUUUUCCUAAAGUUCUAGUAGAUAAGAAGGAGGAACACUCUUUUUAGAGCCUUCUAGAAAUAAAAAUAGAAUAAUAAUUUAAAGAAGUGUAAUUUAAAAUGUUUAUUCAUUGAAAACUGCUUUCUUUAAACUUCCUAUAAUAUUUACAAGUAACUCUUUAAUUUUGAAUGUUGAAAUUUCUGAUUUGCUAAUUUAAAAUACUUAUCAAGGUUUUUUAUCAUAUUUAGGUAGAAUUAAUGAAUUAAGUGAAUCAGAAGUUAAAUUAUAAAAUAAAAAUUAUUUAAUUUCUAUAGAAAGAGGUAAUAUUACUGUAAGAAAUUGCAACUUUGUUGAUUUAUUUGAUUAUGGGGUUAUGGAAAUAAUGAAUGCAGAAUCAAUUACACUUAAAAAUAUAGAAAUAUAAAAUUUAACAUUGAUUAGUGGAAGCACACUUAAUAUUAAACUUAAUAACAGUAUAUAAUUAUAUAUUUUUAGAAUAUAUGACUAAUGUGUAUAUAGCUAAUUUUUAGUUAAUAUCAGUCAAAGAAAUAAUUGGAGAUGUCUCAAAACCAAUUUAAACAUAUCCUUCUAUUUCUUCAUCCUUUUAUAAAUGCAUGAAAAUAUAUUCUUAGCCAGAAUAGCUACAAGUGUUCUAUGAUUAGUAGAAUCAAUAUAUUAUUAGUCUAUACAAUUUUUAUACCUUAAUAACAAAAAGAACAAAUCCUGGGUUUAUUUUUUAAGUUGAUUCUAUUUCAUCAAAACAUUAAAUUUAAAUAGAAUAUCUAAUUUUUUAGAAUAUUAUAUGCUCUAACUGCAAAGAAGGAAUAUUAAAAUUUAUAAAUAUAGAAUAAUAAAACAAUUAAAAUUUGAUCAAUCUAAAUUCAAUAAAAAUGGAAGAUAAUCUAUGUGGCCUUUUGAGUUGUUUGGUCUUAUCUUCAAAAGAAAUAACUAAUUUAAAAUAAUAUUCAGAAGUCAAAUCAAAUAGAUUAUUAAAUUAAAUUUAAACUUAUUAUGAAACUAAAAUUAUGAAUGUAAAACUUGAAUAUAGUUACUUUAAAAAUAAUAGUGGAACAUAUGGAGGUGCAGCUUAUAUCUCUUCAAUUACUAUGAUUAUAAACUCAUGUUAAUUUAUAAGGAAUAAUGGAAGAGAAACAGGAGGAGCCAUUUAUUUUGACUAUCGUGAAAAAUCUCUUUUUUUAAUUUAUGAUACCUAGUUUUUAAAUAAUUAAGCAAAGGUAGGAGGAGCUAUAUUUAUAGAAAACUAUGCAAUUCCAGAUAAAGAUAAAACAAAUAUCAUAUACUCAAAUAACAAAGCAUCUCUGUUUAGUGAUAAUAUAGCUGGGUUCCCUGUAAAAUUAACCCUUUAAUUUGGUUCAAAACUUUUGAAUACAAAAAAAAUUGAGAGUAAUAAAAACUAAGUUAUUGAACAAAUUGAAAUCAACAAAUAUUAUAUAGGUCAAAAGAAACAAGACUUUUUAAUGUUUCCUAGUGGACAAGUUAUAAAUGAAUUCAAAAUUUUUAAUGAGCAAACUCAAGAUUAUAUACCUUUAAAUAUUACUUUAAGAAUAAUACCAUUAGACAAAGAGAAUAGUCAAAUUAAAGCAUUAGAUGGAACUAAAUGUACAUUAAAAGGGAGAUAAAUUAUUAAUUAAAAGGAAGGAGAGUUUUAUGAAAAUUUUACUAGUAUGAAAGAGAUUGUCUUCAAUAAAACUAGUUAGGAUUAUAAUUUAGAUUCUAUGAUUAUUAAUUUUGAUCCUGAUUAUUCAUCCUAAGAUUAUUUAUAAUUGGAGAUUAUGUGUGAUUCAGUGAAAAUUCCAAUUUUUGAUGACAAACCUCCUUAUUUACUAAAAAAUUAUUUUACUAAUUAUAAAUUAAGAGUAAAUUUAUAAACAUUUCCUUGUUAAAGAGGAGAAUACAAAACUUAAUAGGGAACAUGUAAAUUAUGUGAUCCUAAUGCUUAUUAAUAUAAUGUAAGAGCUGGAGAAUAAUGCAAAAUAAAAGAUUAAAUCAAAAUGGAAAAUGUUUCUUCAGCUAGAAUUAUGUUGAGACCUCAUUAUUGGAGACCAUAUGAGAGCAGUGAAAAUAUAGAAUAUUGUUUGAAUAUGCCUGAAAAUUGUUUAGGUGGAUGGAAUCCUGGUAAUGAAUUAUGCUCAGAGGCACAUGUUGGAGCAUUAUGUGAGCAAUGUGAUAUUUAUAAUAUAAGAGGGUAAGGAUCUUUUUCUGUAAGUACAAUCUAUAAAUGUGGAAGUUGUGCAAACAUAGGAGAUAAUGCUACAAAAAUUGUACUAAUUAGUAUUUGGACAAUGAUCUCAAUAUUUUUAUCCGUAAAAGGAACAAUAGAGACAAUUAAUAAAGUUAUUACUUAAUAGAAAAGGUUGAUAUUAAAAAUAGCUAUACCUGAUCCUAGAGCAGGGUAAGGAAAUGUAUUAAUCAAAGUAUUAACAAAUUAUUUUUAAAUCAUAGGAGUUAUCUCAACAUUUUAAUUAUAAAUGCCAAAUGGAUUAUAAUUAUCUGUUAAAUCAGUUGGUAAUCCAAUAUAAACAAUGAGUUUAUCUUUAGACUGUUUUUUAGUAGAUAUUACAACUAUCAAUAUUAUUUAUUUCAGAAUGAUCUGGGCAUUAAUAAUACCUUUAAUUUACAUUCUAAUCUUUAUUAUUUUUUAUGUAUUAGCAGUUAGUAUUAAGUUAACUAAACUGAAUAAGAGUGCAUUUACUACAACUGCUAUCUAUUUAUUUACUUAUUUAUAGCCAAAUUUAUUAGGAGGAUUCAUAUCUUUAUUAUCCUUUAGAUAAAUAUCAAAUUAUUAUUGGAUUCAAGGGAAUGUUGCCUAUAGAUACGAUACCGAUGAUCAUUUCCAUUGGAUUUCAACCUUUAUUUUACCAGCUACUUUGACUUUAGCUUUGAUCAUCCCUGCCUACAUGUUUAUUAGCUUAUAUCUAUAAAGACAUAACUUAGAAGAUGAAAUAACAAGAAAAAAUUGGGGAUAUUUAUAUAAUGAGUAUUCAAGAAAUGCUUAUUUUUGGGAAAUUAUAAAAAUUCUGUAAAAAGGAUUCAUAAUUAUUUUUUUGACAUUUUAUGAAGAUUUAAUAAUAAUAAAAGGAGCUUUGGUUUUUAUAAUUAUCUUCAUAUAUUAAUUGUUAACAAAAAAGUAUCGUCCUUAUUUAUUUAUUUAAUUAAACAUUAUUGAUGAAUUUAGUACACUUAUUUGUGGUACUUCCAUAGUAUUAUCAAUCACAAUUUAUUAAGCUGACUUAUCAAACAAUUAAGAGAUAAUAUUGCCUUUUUAUAUAUUUCUUAUUAGCUUAAAUUCCAUAUUUGUUACAUAUAUUUUAUGGGGAAUAUUAUUAGCUUUAUUAGAAGAUUAAUAAGAAAAUCUAGAUAAAAUAAGGGAUAAAAUUAAUAAAAGAUUUCCAAAUUUAAUUACAUCUAAUUAUAUUCUAAAGAGGCUAUUAACAAAUAGAGAAAAAUAAAAAGAAAGAAUUCAUGUUAGAUUUUAAAAGAUAAAGAAAUAUUUACUAAAUAUUGUUCGCUCUCACCCUAGAUUUUAUUAAAUUCACACUUAAAAUGAUAGUUGUCCAGAAAGACCAAAAACAGAAGAUUUUUUAACAAAUGUAGAUUAAUUUCAUAAAAAUAUAAAUUUCAACGAAAAACCCAAAACUAAUAAUAAAGUAUAUCCAAUUGAUUUUAGUUUCAAAUCAAAGGAACUUUUAAAAGAUUAUGAAAAAAGAGAAGAUGAGAUAAUUAGUGGAUGA